AUGAGGUCGUCCCCUCGGGAGCUGCUCCCGGCGAGCGAGAGGACGCCGCGGGUGCCUCUGGCCACCCUCAUCGGGCGGGAGCUCAGGCGAAGCAGUGAGAACGCCGGCGAGCCCCGCGUGAGGUACGGCCAAGCCGGCCUCGCGAAGAGAGGGGAGGACUAUUUCCUCAUCAAGCGUCGCUGUCAGCGUGCUCUCGGCGGAUCGUUCUCCUCCACCUUCUCCGUCUUCGCCGUAAUCCCCCCGAAUCGUCCUCCGGUUUCUAUUUUCCUCUAUUUUUCCUUCUCGCUCGUGCCGAUUAUUCACGCCGGCGGACGAUGCCCUUCUCUACCAGGUUUUCGACGGCCACAACGGAGCAGCCGCCGCUGUGUUCACGAGGGAGCACCUUCUGGAUCACGUCCUACGGGCAAUCCCUCAAGGGUUAACCAGGGAGGAGUGGCUGCGGGCGCUUCCUCAGGCGCUCGUCGCUGGCUUCGUCAAGACCGACAUAGAAUUCCAGAGCAAAGGUUCGUCUGCCUUCCGAGCCCGUCUUCUUCUUCCUCUUCCAUGGGUUUCGUCCCUCCGGAUGCAGUGGAUGGAUUCUUGGCAGGGGAGACUUCGGGCACAACAGUCACGCUUGCGGUGGUCGACGGGCUGACGGUGACGGUGGCCUCGGUGGGGGACUCUCGCUGUAUCCUGGAUUCCCAGGGAGGAGUAGUCUCUGAGUUGACUGUCGACCAUAGGCUAGAGGAAAACCUAGAGGAAAGGGAGCGGGUUACUGCAUGCGGGGGGGAAGUAGGGAGGCUGAACAUCUGCGGCAGGCGAGAGGUAUGUCCCGAACAGAAAACUCGCCUGAUUAAUCGCGAACAGGGGUGAGGGUGAGAUGAGAGCUUCCUGAACCUCUCUCUCUCUCCCUCUCGCUGUUCCUCAGGUCGGCCCACUUCGAUGCUGGCCCGGCGGGUUGUGCCUCUCGAGGUCGAUUGGGGACUCAGACGUCGGAGAGUUCAUCGUCCCGAUUCCUCAUGUCAAGCAAGUGAGAGUAAGUGUUCCUGAAAAACCCAAGCCUCCAAAGAUCACACAUGUAUAUUCUCUGAGACUCACUCCUGUUCCUCUGUUCAGCUGCCAGCCUCCGGUGGCAGGUUGAUCAUUGCCUCCGACGGCAUAUGGGACGCUCUGUCAUCUGAGGCGGCCGCGAAAUCUUGUCGAGGGCUCUCCGCGGAGCUCGCCGCGAAGCUGGUUGUCAAGGUGGAGUGAUCGAAGCUGCCCUCAUUCCAAUUCUUUCCUUCCACUGAUCCGGGCAAAAACAGCCGUCUUUAUCUUGCUCAAUGCCUGCUUCUUGUCCAAUCCAGGAGGCAUUGAGGACGACGGGCUUGAAAGAUGAUACGACCUGCUUGGUCGUGGACAUUGCACUGUACAAUCACGUCGCCUUGCCGCCGACGCCACAGGAUUCACCGAGUAACUUGAGAUCUCUCAUCUUCUGGAGAAGGCCUCGGGGUUCCAAGAACAUGCUCUCUGAGAAGCCAUCUUCCGCUGGUGCCGUGGAGGAGCUGUUCGAAGAGAGUUCAGCCAGGCUCGCAGAGAGGUAAUCCAACGCCUGUUUUCUCACCUCCCACAAUGCUUUUUGUUCCCCAAUCUACCGCUGUUUCUUCCGUCAUGCUCCGAGAUUAGCUGUCUGGUUUCUUCCUCUUUCUUCCUGUUCACUCCCUGAGCAUCUCUGGAACAGCAUCAGAUAAUCAAAAGGGUGUUCGUCUUCUUCUUCUUCUUCGUUUCCUGCUGAUGGGUUGGAUCUAUGAUAUAUAAUUGGGGGAAAAGAAUGCUCACAUUUAAGAAUCUGCGCGAGUGGGUGGGAUGGAUCCAUUAUACUAUCUCAUGUAGAUCUGUACUUGUUUUUUGUCAACUGUCAGCCUUGUCUAUGUACUCUGACAGUCACUAACAUGGGCUUCCUAUAGCAUGCUGACGGUAUGUACAAUGUUAUGUGCAUCUGUGGAUGGUCAACGGCCUCAUUUCAUGGCUCCUUAAAGGGGGGAAGUCCCGGGGCCUAGAAGGUCAACCAUUCAGGAGAACAGCUUAAUUGGGAACCUGAGCAUCAAUAAUUAUGGAAGAGUUAACAUGGCGGUCUUCUUCUCGUAGAUAACCUUCGCCUUCUUCUCUGUGGAUCUCAGGUUGAAGGCUUCUUCUUGCUUCCCCGCCGAUGUGAACUCGGGACCCUGCCAAUGUGCAGUGUGCCAGGCGGAUCUAGAGCGAGCGGAAGAUCUACUCCCCGCCGCCGCCGGUCAACGCGAGGUGGGCCUGUGCCUCUGCCCAGUAUGCCAAAAGAAGAAGGACGCCAUGGAAGGCAAAACGCCGAAAAAACCGAUUGGCGGCGCCGGCACCGGCGACGACGACGACGACGACCACGAUGACGACGAGGAUCCGGCGAUUUCGGCCGUGCGGGAGGAGCUCCGCCACUUGUACGAAGCUGAAGGUGAGUAA